AUGUCGAUAUCAUUUGCCGCACAAGAUCUGCAGCCCACGUACCAGGGUAUCAUCAAUGGUACCGCUGAUUACGAUUGGGCCAUCUUCAAUCAGACAGGGAACGAGUUAAAGGUCCAAGCUACUGGAAGUGGAUUAGAUGAUCUCGAAGAGGAGUUUAACGAUGGAAGAAUACAAUAUGCGUUUGCUCGAGUCAAAGACCCCAGCAGCUCAUUACCUAAGUUCGUUCUCAUCUCCUGGUUAGGAGAUGGUGUACCAGAGAACAGGAAAGGUUUAUACAAUAUACAAAGUCCGCAAGUACAGGACAAAUUUCUACGUGGUGCUCAUCUAGUCAUCCAAGCUCGUUCAGAGCUUGACGUGACCCCCACGUUCAUCCAUAAGCGUAUCCAAGAAUCUUCCGGGUCUAAAUACUCCUCCUCGGCGGCCGCUCCUUCUCCGUCUGCUCCAGCUGCAAGGACGGCUCCUAGCUACAGGCCAAGUCAAGGAUUUGGAGGUGCACAAGGCAAACCCUCUCCUCCACCCACCCCUCCCCCAGCGCCAGCCGUCGCCCCACCGCCCGCAAUCUCAAGCCAAGCCAAACCUACCGCAACAGCGAUUAUGUCAGCUGCUACUCCCGCUUCCUCUGAGAGUGCUAAACCUGCCUACGAAGAUAGGAUCGCUCCCGUGGGCACAGCUUACGAGCCCGUCAAAUUGUCUGCUCCUGGCAAAUUAGGUAACCGAUGGAAUCCCGCUGCUCAACAGCAUUCCGAGGAAGAAGCUGCUCCCACUGGACCUAGUCUCAAGGACAGGAUGGCUGCUUUCUCAGGUGGUGGUGCGGCUUCAGCUCCAUCUGCCCCUCAACCCACUGGGAAGAAGUUGACUUGGUCUGAACGACAAGCGGAAGCGAAAAAACAAAGAGAGGAAGAGGAUCGCGCAAGCGCGGCUGCAGGUGCUGCUGUUACUGGUACCCAACCUUCUGCCCCGUCUUGGAAGGCUCCUACUGCUCCUGUUGCCCCGCCUGCUCCCAGAGUACCAUCACCCCCUCCAGCUCCAGCAGCGCCUCCUCCUCCCCCCGCUGCAUCACGCCCAGUACCCACUGCACCUGGCGGUAUCCCAGCUCCAGUCUCUCGAUCUAUACCUCCGCGACCGGCUUCGCCCGAUUCUGAUGAAGAGAAGGAAGAUGAUGAUGAUUGGGGAGCGCCACCUCCGCCUCCUGCUGCUCCUUUCCGACCAGAACCAGUGGUCGAAGAUGGCCCAGUGGAGCAAGCUGCGCCUCCUCCCCCUCCUCCUCCUCCACCACCACCACCUCCUGCGCCAAUUGCUGAUCCUCAAAUCGAAGAGCUUGAACGACUUAAGCAAGAUCUCACUCUGGAAGAGGCUCCUUCAGCUGGUCCACCUCCUGUCCCUCAAGACUCUCGACCUAAAUCGGAGGCUGCUCCUCCAGAUGCUGCAGGUCUAAGAGCGAAAGUACUGUUCGAGUACGAAGCGGCGGAAGAGGGUGAGAUCUCCCUGAGAGAGGAGGAAAUCAUCACUCAGAUCGAACAGCUCGACGAAGGUUGGUGGUCCGGUACGAACUCUGCUGGACAAGCUGGUCUGUUUCCUGCGAAUUACUGUGAACUUAUCGAAGGAGAAACCCCCGCCCCCGCUCCUGCUUCUGUUACACCUACACCUGCACCCGAGCCUGAAGCUGCUGCACCUCCUCCGCCCCCACCACCUCCACCACCUCCUCCACCUCCACCUCCAGCAGCAGCAGCAGCACCACCACCAGCCCCUACCUCUGCUCCUGAGCCAGAAGUAGAAGAGAACGUCAUGAUAGCUGCUUACGACUACGAAGCAGGUGAAGAUAACGAGAUUUCCUUUAGGGAAGGUGACAAGAUUACUAACAUCGAUAAAGUCGAUCCGGAUUGGUGGCAAGGUCAAUGUAAUGGAAAAGAAGGUUUGUUCCCUGCUGCUUAUGUGGUCCAUCCAAGCGAAUGGCCUCCUCAAUAA